CCGUCGCCCGUCAGGAUUAUAUGAAUGUGAAUAUGUGAUACAUGCAUGGACGCAUACUGCAUAGUAUUUUGGAUCACAUUAAAUCCUAAACUGUGUUUACAAAAUGAAUAUGAAACAUUUGGAGUCCCAACUUCAAACCAAAAAUUCCAGAUUCGCAGAUCUGUGAUAGUAUAUGACUACAGAAUACAAACACAAAAUUUAAUUGACUGUUAAUUUCACAUUUUCAUAUCAAUUUUAUUAAUUAUUGGGCAUAUAAUGGAGCUCGUGAAGAUUGCUAAAACAAAUUUACGCUCUGACUUAAAAAAAAAAUUGUCACUUAUGACUGCCAGAGAAAUCACUGAACAAUCAAAAAUUAUAACCAACAAAUUAUUAUCUCAUUCAGUAUAUAAAAAAAGCAACAGAGUUUCGAUAUACCUCAGUAUGGAUUCUGAAGUGCAAACUUAUAGUAUUGUUAAAGACAUUUUCAUCUCAGGAAAAAUAUGUUUUAUUCCAAAGUACAACAAAUCUGAAAUGUUUAUGGUAAAGAUAAAAUCAAUUGAUGAACUCAAUAGUUUGCCAAAAACCAAAUGGAAUAUAUCACAACCAGCUGAUGAUGAUUUGCGUGAGGACGCACUGACAACAGGUGGUUUAGAUUUGAUAAUAGUGCCAGGCUUAGGUUUCACUACUGAUGGCAAACGAUUAGGACGAGGAAAAGGUUAUUAUGAUCGAUGCAUAACUGAAUAUAAAAAAAAAUAUCCAUUAAAUAAUUUGAAAAUCAUUGGAUUGGCAUUCAGUGAACAAAUAUGUAAUGACAUACCUAUAAAUCAACAAGAUAUUUUGAUAGACUUUUUAAUUUGUCCCUAAUUAUAUGUAUAAAAAUGAUAAUUUAUGUUUAAAUUUUAUGAAAUGUAUAGAAUCUUAAGUACUUAUUUAACUGUGAUUGAUAUUCUUAUUCAUCUACACUUAAUUAAUUACAAUGCUUUUAUCUAAAA